CUCGCAUCGCAUCUGAUUUUCACUGCUUUUGUCAUCAUUCAGUUUCUGGCUUUCGUUUUGUGCUGACGGUGCAACGUGUGAUCUGGUGAAAAGUAGGUUGAUCGGAGUAUUUUCAUUUUCGGACGUGUUAAGUUUUGAUAUUUUGAAGAAGUGGUUACCGUUCCCGUGGCAAAUCGACAUCUGCAAGCAACAAUGGCAAGCAUUCCCAGAAAAGAACAUUCAGAAGAAGCUGAGUCCGCCAUUUCGGUACUGCGAGCUUUGGUACUGUCCAAAAAAGGGCCGUCAACGGUACAGAGCAUACUGGCAGAUUAUCGUGAACUGGAAGGCGGUCCGCUGAUGUACAAGAAGUUUGGAUAUCCCAAUGCCGAUGAGUUCCUGAAAUCAACUGGAGAGUUUGUCGUUCAGAGCAGGAUGGGUGAGACUGUGAUUUUUGUUAAACCCAGUGCAGACUCAGUGCACAUUCUGAAAAUGGUCGCGGCUCAAAAAACCACAAAGACAAGGAAGUCCGGGUUUUCCAUUUUGCGCCAACCUCAGAAACGAACAGGAGGUAACAAUUGGAAUCCCAGCGCUUACAACAAAAUGUACUCACAAAUGCCGAACAAAUCAAGCCAAUUCAUCCAGAAGAAAUAUUCUCAACAGUCGCAGAACAACUAUCAGCGAUACCAGAACAAUCCGCUGAAGCCAUUCUUUCAGAAUACUCCCAGCAAUGUUGGAUGGACGAAUAACAAUCGGUACACCAAUGGCAAUCAAUCUAAACCGCUAAUGGCGGUCAACAAAGUUGCACCAACGUCAACUGCAAACUCCAAGAUCUAUGGAAACAACACUUCGCAAAAUGUGAACAACCAACGAUAUAACCGCAUCGAAACGAACAACAAUAACUCGACUGUCAAGAAUUUCAAUAAAGCCAGCCAAGACUCAGCCAAGACAGCUCAAGUUACUCUAAACUCGAAUGACUUACGACACAUACUGAACGAGCGAGCUCCACAAAUGCAGCAGCGACAAUCCUCACAAUUGGAGUUGAAAAAUCAGGAGCCACAAUUUGUCAUUCGAUCCCCAGAGCAUCGCAACGAACAAAACAUGUUUGCUCCUUCCAAAGCUAUUGACAAAGACAACCAUCAAAUGACACACGCGGACACAGGUAAUAAACAACCACAUUUGCCACCCACGUCUUCCGGUACACCGGCGCAAGACCACAGAAGUGUAAAUUCGAGGCUCCAAGUGACGAAAGAUGUGGUGCCCACAUCACCUCCGGUACAGAAAAUGCCAAAGUCGUACCCCGUGCGUGAUGUGCCACCGAGUUUUGACGAUCCGAUUAUUGUUCCGACACCGGUGGCACCACUCCGUACGAUUCCAGGACAGAAAACGCUACAAGAUCGUCUGAAGAGUAAGCAGCAAGUCGACAGUUCGGAUUUGGAAAAGGCUGCAAGGGUAGUCGCUGCUAACAAACCGUCUAAUGUUGAACCUAAGUCCCCAACAUCCACUACAUUAACACCAGCUGCGACAGCACAAACAGCCCGCCCAAAAGAACCAUUCUCUUGGAGUGCACCGAUGGCUACCCCCGUAGAGAUGUUGUCCGAAUAUGCCAAAUUUUAUGAUCUGCCACGUCCAAAGUAUACGUACUUCAAGCUGAGGAACAUGCGCAUACAAUGCCGCGUAAUGGUUAACGGUUCUACGUAUUCCACAUAUCCAGACGAUUUUUCCAACGAGUUCGAGGGGCAAUUUGCCGCCGCUCAAAUCGCAAUCGCGAACAUCAAACGCGAUGAAGAAAUAAACAACUAUUCCGUUUGUCUCGAUUCUGAUUACGAGAUCGCUAUCAAGAUUCAUGAGCUGCUACUCCAGUGUCCCCAUGGCAUGUUUAGCAAGAACAUUCCGGAAGCUUUCCGGCGAGCGCAUCAGCUUUUGCUUCCAGAUCACUGGGAGCUUAUUAUUAUGUCCCAGUAUUCGCAUAUGUUUUCCAAGGAUGAAGUGCAGGAAAAUACGAUCGUGUUCGCAAAUGCGUACGAGGAAACGGGUUCUUCAAAUUCAUCGCCUUCGAUUACGUCUGAAGCGAAAUGCAUGACCGCCAAUGUUCUUCAGCUUCCUUGGAACGAGCAGUACUGGAACCUGUACAUCACCAACCCAGUUUCAACAGUGGAAAUAUGGGCACGACUCGUUGGUCCUGAAUUCAGCGACAAAAUGGAUUCACUCAUAACGGACAUUGAGCUGAGCAUGAUGGGGAACGAUAAACGGAAACCUAGCUCUGUCACGAUCGGAGAGUACUACUUGGUACAGACUCCAGAUUGCUGGUACCGCGUACGUAUCGACGAAAUUGACUGCAACAACAAUCAGAGCGUUUGCUUCUUCAUCGAUGUUGGCGAAUGGGAACGUGUGGCACUGGAUGACAUCUAUGUUUGUGAUGCCAAGUAUCUGCAUCUGCCUGGCCAAAGCCUCUGCUUCAGCCUUGACGGUCUCGAAGAUUUCGGAGAAAAUCCGAAAGCCAAGCCACAUUUGGACAACUUGAUUAGCGGUAAAGUGUGCAUUGGUGAAAUUCUUACUCCUCGAAAUGAGUACGAAAAAGACCGUGAGCUUAUCAGUGUGGGAGAUGUUCGAAUAAAAAUGAUUCUGUACGAUACAUCUUCCGACGAAGACGUCAACUUGAACCCGGUGAUUUUGAAGCACAUUUGCGAUGAUACGCCAAUGCCGGAGUUGAACAAGAAAGGGGUUACUACGGUGGUUGUCACGCACGUGGACGAUUCAGGCGAUGUUUACUGUCAGCUCAAAGAUGAUGCAAUGGUUUACAUACAGAAACUUAUCAACAACUUGGUUAAGUCGAAUGCCCUGGAAGGUAAGCACCGAGGUCUUUACGCGAGCAAAGGUAAGCAGCAACUUUACCUGGUAAACGACGAGAAAGAUAACAAAUGGUACAGAGCGUCUCUGGAAGCGGAACAAUCCGGACCGUUCUGCCGAAUGCUGUACGUGGACAGAGGGAUCCAGAAGUUGGUCAAUGUUCAGAACAUUUACCAGCUGGAAAUGUUGAGCGUUGCUUUGAGCCGUUAUCCAGCACAAGCCAUCAGGAUGCGAAUGUUCGAUAUUCCAGAGAUCACCGAUUACCUGUUGUCUCGGAUGCGCGUUCUUCUGAAAACGGGCCUCACCGCUAUGGUAAAGGUUGCCGCUCUGUCGGUUAUUCCACUGGUGAAGAUUUACGUGCAUCUCGAGCAAACCAACAUACUGGUCUGUAUCAACGACAGCAUUCGGUCUGAAAUGGAACUUGAAAUAAAUUCAGAAAUGAUCAGUAAUCCACGUAUUGCAUCUAACGAGCUCAGCAGCACCUCAUCAAUUGCCAGUUCGGUAAAGCUGAACACCAGUAUCGCUUCUGAUUAUUCCAUCGGUAGUCACGAAGCUGCUGAACUGUCGAGAAGUUUCAGUGGGCUGAACAUUGAACAGCGUAAAUUAAGUAGCCCUGUCCCAUCGCAAGUGACACCUAAGCUUCCGAAAUACCCGCUACCCGCGAUUGGCGAGCUGUUCGAUGUCUGUGUCACGAUAGCAUCCAGCCCGAACUAUUUCAUUGUGCAGCCGUACUCGCAUGCCGUCCAGCUACAUCGAAUGAUGGUAGAGCUACAGGAAUAUUGCAAGACCAAAGCAGAGCGCGUUCCGGUGGACAGCAUUCAACAGGGAGAAGUAUAUGCGGGUAUCAACAGUGACGACCGACACUGGUACAGGGUAAUCGCAGUGAACAUCCUGAGCGGUUCGAUCCACGUCUAUUUCUGUGAUUUUGGUCAAAUUCGAGUUGUAGACAGCGAUUCACUGCGAAUUUUGCCUGCUCAUCUGCGCUCAAUCCCUCAGCAAGCAGUGAAAGCCAGGCUGCACGGUGUUCAACCAAUACACGGCGAUUGGAGCACCGAGGACGCCGUACGAUUCCAGCAGCUGACGGUCGAUAAAAAAUUCGCCAGUUACAUUUACAACAUCAAGAGCGACGAGUUCAGCCCGAACGAAGAGAUUGUUGAUUUGAUGUUGAUUGACGUUUCGACUGACGAGGAUAUCUUGAUUCACAAGAUAUUGGUGGAUGAGAAACGGGCUGUUUUGACUAGCAAGUAAUUGCGUCGAGUAAACUGGUGGCGUUUUAAAAUACAGUUUGCAGCGAGUCAAUACCGUAAUGCCCUUGUGUUUAGCUUUAACGAGCUGGAAAAGCUUCGCAAUAUGGGCGCUCUGAAAAUAAAGCAAAUCAGCAUCACACAGAUAAGGCAACGCUGCCAAGAUUUCAACAGAUCAGCUGAUUUGAUCCAGGAAGAGUUCGCCAAAUCAAACUCUACUCUACAUGCAAGGGAUGCCAAGUGCGCUUGGAUUGAGUAUCGCAUUUGAAGAUGCGCGUGAUCUAUUGUGACCAGUUAAACAACUGUGCCUUAAGUAUUCAUCUACGACAAGGAAAACUCGCAUGGAAUGUUUAUGCAGUUUUUAUGCUAAAUUAUGCCUUAACAAUCGUUAUCUUUAUCCUAUUGGUCUAUAUUACAUAUUUAUACAGUUCACCUGAUCCGGCAAUAUAAUCAUUCCAUUAGACAAUAAUAGCAAAAAGUAAAUUAUUUAGAUCUAGAAUGUUAUAAACAAUCAACCAAAAGUGACUGCUUCCAAAACAAGUGACUAAUCUCUGAAUUGCCAAGUUGUUUUAAUAAUAAAAUGACUAUAUUUAAAAUGUACCUUACGAGAGCAAUAUCAAAAUUGAUAACUGAAUGUGAUUGAAUAAAUAUUAAAGGCCUUGUUUCAUUAAAAAAAUA